UAUCUCUCCAAUCCUCUACAAAGAAACACUUCUACUUUAGUUUUUAUAACUAAUCUUUACCACUACAACCGACACCAUGCGUUUCUCCGUCAUCUCUGUUUCCCUCCUCUCCCUCUUCGCCUCCUCGGCUCUGGCUAUCCCCUCCGCUUCUGGCGCCCUGAGCUGCAGCGAUGUCAGCUCUGAGGUCUCUGGCUACGAGCAGCGUCUCGCAAAGGCCACCGACACCAGCUCUCCCAAGUACCAGGCCGCUCAGAACCUGAUCAACUCUGCCAAGAACCUCGAGUCUGCCGACUGCGGCAGCUCCAGCAAGAGAUCCUACUACCCCCCCGAGAGCACCGGUCUCAUUGGAGAGAUCCUGAACGCUGUUGACUCGCUCCUCGAGACUCUCGGUCUGUAAACGACCAACCUAUCACCGAGAAGUGCGACUCUCGACGUCGCGCCUGGGAUCGUCC